AUGUUUAAAGAUACCAACGUAGCUGAAAUCUGUAUCCUAACCGAUAAGCUUACUUUUUUUAAUUCGAAAGAAGAGCCUGUUUCUUUGGCUUUUUCUCCAGACAUCACAAUGAAUCCUUUUGCUCAGACCCUAGACUUGUACCUACGAGAUCUCAAGCGGGUAACCAUUCCAACCUGGUCACCUGAGAUAGUUGAAGGAAAUAC